AGUUAAAAAAAUUAUAAUUCUUGAAAUUUACGAAUUAUAAUUUAUAAUAAGUUUUUUCACGACGUGUUGUGUGAUAAAAACAAAAAUUAUAUUCUUUCUUUUAUUGUCGAAUAUGUAUCGACAAAAUAAUUCAUUUUAUGUGUAACUUAUUAAACAAUUGUUUUAUGUUUAGGAUAUAAGUUUGGACCAUGGAAAAAUUCGUGAAUUAUCAAAGCUGUUUGUUGUUAUUUGUUUUUGUUUGUGGAGUAAACACAUUAGCAUACGAUGUGCACUGGUUGGGAGGCCCUACAACAAUUGAACGGGAAAUUCAUCCAACAAAGCAAACUGUGGACAUAUAUUGCUACAGUGGAAAUUCAAAAAAUCUGUUUACCUUAUGGCAAACAGUAAAAUUCAAUAUAAAAAUCAAAAAUGAAGAGUUUAAUCAGUACCUUGGAAGCACUCCCGAGGAGGUUUACAAAGACUUCACAGAGAAUAGCUAUCGCUGGCCUGUUGUUAAUCCGUUCCAGAAGAAAUCAUAUAAGACAGUCUCCAUAGAUCUCUAUUCUCCAACAUGUAUGGCCAUUGAUACAAAACAUCGCCACAGUAUUGAGCUACAAAUACAAAGAGUGGACAUUUGGCGUGUGCUAUUAAUGCUAUUUGGUCUGGUCUUAAUAUUUUCUUCUAAAGCACUGAGUGGAAAUCCAGUGUUUUUCUAUCUUUGCGGAAUUCUUGUAGGAGUGUCAGCUUCCUUUAUGUUACUUGUUUAUUAUGUUAGUAAAUUACUGCCAAGGAAAACUCUAACAUACGGCUUACUUGUCGGAGGAUGGACGGUGGGAGUGUACUUGUUGCAACAGAUCUGGGAGAAUAUACGGAGUAUAGUGGUUUCUUACCAAACAUAUAUCUUCUGGUACACGUUGUUGGUCAGCUUUAUUAGUUUCGUGGUGUGCUACAGAAUCGGUCCGCCGAAAAAUCAGCGAAGCAAGAAUCUCGUCAUGUGGACACUACAGGCUGUUGGUGUUUUAAUAAUAUUCUUCAGCAGUCAGUAUCAAGAAGCGUCGGCGGCAGUCGCCAUCAUGGCGAUGUGUGUGAAGUACUUCCCGCAAUCGCUACUCUACAGUAUACAGGGCUACUGGCGGCGUAAGUUCCCGCCGCGGCCGCGGCUGUUGAGCAGUGAGGAGUACUACGAGCAGGGCGCGCGCGAGACCAAGCGCGCGCUUGACGAGCUGCGGCGGCACUGCAGCAGCCCCGACUGCAAGCAGUGGGCCAUCAUGCUGCGCAUCAGCGAUCCCAAGCGAUUCGCGAGCUUUGUCGAGGGAAACUCCCACUUAAGUGAUGAUGAAGUUUUGAACUAUGAAUCGUACGCGUUCUCGCUGGAAAGAAGUAAGCCCAUAGCCAACUCUACCAGGAAUAAUCUGGAUAUAUCAGAGGACGACUCUUCCGACGAUGAAGAAUAUUUCUGAAUGCAUUUGGACAUUUGCUAUGGAAACGCUGAAAAGUCCUAGCAUACAGUACUGUCUGCAUAGAUAUGGCGUAGGUGGCCGCAUCGUCACUGAAAAAUACAAUAAAAACUUUAUCAAGACAUGUAACACUUGAUAACAACAUGUUAAAAUAAAGCAUUAUGAUCUAUGUGCUUCCCUAAAAGGCUGGUAUUCUAUUGUAAAAGUGAAGAAAAAUACAAAACUAAAGAAAAGUAAUUUUAUACUGCCAAUCACGGACAUAGCUAUGGCAGCAACAUGGAACCAUUUUACAAUAGGAUUGUACAAUCAAUGGCAUUAUGACGUUCUUAACGAAAGGAUAUCAAUAUUUCUUAUUCAAUUUAGAAAAGCUUUUCAAAAAUUUGCAGCAAAGACCGAUAUAAAUUUUUCUUUAUUUUUGAAGGAAAUAACAUGUUCUUUUUAUUUAAUUCUUAUUGUGUUCGUAAAUUUAUUUUUUAAUGAAUAAUAUUUAUAAGGUUUUGUGAGUUUCUUAAUUAUGUACAUAUAUGUUUAUCAACAAAACCGGUGCUUGAAAUUAAUUUUGUUUAUAAACAAUAUGGAUUACAGUCUAAUUAUUCGGUAUAUAAAGUUUUAUCUGUAGAAAGAAUGAUAGAAGACAUUUGCAUUCACUUGCAACCAAUAAAUAGGAAAUGUAGGCGACCUUUCCUAGAAUAAGAGGGUAUAAAAGUAUAAUUUAAUCCUUAGCUAUGGUAAUCUGUUGAGUGGAUCUUCGUUUAAUUUUCCUCUGAUACAUCUCAUACUAUCUGAAAAUGUCAACUAUUAGAAACGCAAAGUAUAAUUAUUAUCUAAUUAAUGUAAACUUAUUUUAAUAAGUUGAACCGUACUUUCGUAACCGUAAUAACGUUGGGAACCGUAGUUUCCCAUCCUAUCGUUUUUUUUUUGGAAAGAAGUUCCUUACCGGACGUUACGAAUUUGGCGGACGGGGGCUAGGCGAGAAAGUGUAAGAUUUUUCCGUCACGGCCUCUUCUGACAUAGUGUAGACGGCCUUGGCGGCUAUAAGGAAGCGAGAAGGAAUAAUAUCCAUCUCCCUCUCGCUUUUGCCAUGAAAUAAAUAUUAUUUUAAAUGACGCUUCAUUUUAAUAGACGCUAUACCCUGUACAACAUAGCUGGAUAUAGCUUAGCAUAGCUUUUGUGGAUGAUUGGGCCGUAUCAUCGUUCCAUGUUUUUUUCACAAUGUGAUUGUCAUUCAACCACGUUUCGUCUAAAAACAACCUCCCAAUUAGAAGUAUUUUUAGCUUUUCCUAAAAAAUCAAAUCUCUUGAGUGCUAUAUCGUUCCUUUCCGUAAGGAUCUUGCGGUUGUUUGAUUUUUGGUAAUGAAAACCAAUUUUAUUUAAUAGUUUUGACAGCGAGGUUCGACCACCGUAAUAUAAACCAGCUUCUCUUAAUGUUCCCAGCAACUUGUCAAGUGUGGAUAAUUCUUUCCUUGAAUAAAUACCCAUAAAUGUGGUUUCGUAUAGCCGCACAUUGAAAAUCGUCAAUAUCGACUGUAGAUUGGAUACGCCUUCGUUUUUUAUUAGGAGUCGAUAGCUUAUUCUCCUCAUCACCUUCUAAGCAAAAUUUUUCAGUCGAUAUACGUGUUAUUGUAGCUAAUCCAAUUCCUAAAGCGCCAGCUACACGUUGCUGCACUUGAGACAAUGGCAAUAAUGGUCCGCCAUUUUGACACUCACGCUCAAAGUAAUUGCGUAUGCGUAUUACAAACUCACGCGUUUCACUGUUAAUCACAUUUUUUUUAACCCUUUUAGGCAUGAUUAACAAAAGUUCACAACGAAAACUAAAAUUCAACAAUAAAAACUUAAAUACCUAUUAAAUAAUAACGCAACAAAACAAAAGAACAACAAAGUAGGUUAUAAUUCUUGACACUCUGAACGCGACGCAUACAAGGCUGUCGCACUCGUACUAACAGGCCAGGCGGGUGGACGGCGCCAGUGCUGCCAGUGUUGCUAACUCGAUAAAAGGCUUCUUUGCGACAGUUACUGCCUGUUAUUUGUGUCCCAUCCGACCCACCGAUGUAACAUUGCACGAGCGUCCAUUGUUUUCAGUUUUUCUAUUUAAAGCAAUAAAAACCUCUAAGAUUUUCGGAAAAUGCUUGAAUCUUUAAUACUUUUGUGUUUUGUGUCUAUUUUUUAAAUUUUUAACAAUUUUUAAAAUUAUUAAAAUAAGAUAAUAUUAUGCCGUGUAGUGGCGGUUAAGAAUAUCCACUACCCCAUAUCUUCCCGUGGGUGUCGUAAAAGGCGACAAAGGGAAACAGGCAGGAGAUGGGCAGCAGCAUCUUCCUGGUAACGACAAAAUACAAUAAAAAACUGCGGUUGCCAACCCGCUCGCCAAGCGUGGCAACUAUGGCAAUAUACCCCCCAUAAUGAAGGUUACGAAGAGACGGCCCCCAGUCCCCGGCGGCCCCGCUAUUCCUGGCUACGGUGGCGACCAUGGUAACGGCGGGGCAGGGGGUGCUAAGAAUCUCCGGUGGAGGUUCGGUUGCCACCUACAACGACUCGACCUGGCAACAUACAACGCACGCACCCUGAGGACUGACGAGAAGAUUGUGGAGCUGGAAGAAGAGAUAGACAAGUUACGCUGGCAUAUUAUAGGAUUAUCCGAAGUCCGAAGAGAGGGGGAGGACACGGUAAUCCUUGAAUCCGGCAACUUGCUCUAUCACCGGGAGGGCGACCAUCUGUCCCAAGGAGGUGUCGGAUUUAUCGUCCACAAGUCUCUCGUUAACAACGUUGUAAAGAUUGAGAGUGUGUCGACGAGGGUUGCGUACCUUAUACUCAGAAUCACCAAACGGUAUUCGCUGAAGGUCAUACAGGUUUACGCACCAACCUCGGCACACCCCGAUCAGGAGGUGGAGGAAAUGUAUGAGGAUAUCUCUAGAGCCAUGCAUUCCUCCAAAACCCAAUAUACGGUGUUAAUGGGAGACUUCAAUGCAAAACUAGGCACAAGAGAGAACGGUGAGCUGAAAGUGGGGAAAUUUGGAAUAGGGCAACGGAACCCAAGGGGCCAGCAGUUGGCCGACUUCAUGGAGAAAGAGGGACUCUUUAUGAUGAACUCUUUCUUCCAGAAGCGGCCCCACAGGAAGUGGACCUGGUCGAGCCCCGACGGUUCGACAAAAAAUGAGAUUGACUUCAUUAUGACGACCAGACGACAACUGUUCAGUGAUGUCUCAGUGAUCGCGAGGGUGAAAACCGGCAGCGAUCACCGAAUGGUUAGAGGCACACUGAACCUAAACGUUAAGUUGGAGAGGUCUCGUCUAAUGAAGUCAACGCUCCGUCCCCCUCGUGCUCUAAUCCAAAGUCCCGAAACCUUUCAGCUCGAGUUGCAAAACCGUUUUCAGUGCCUAGAAGACUGCAAUGAAGUGGACGAUUUGAAUGACAAGCUCGUGGAAACUGUCCAUGCGGUCGGAGCUAAGUUCUGCAAGACCCGCCGCAGAAGAACACAAAAACUCUCCGAUCACACUCUUAAUCUCAUGGCUGUUAGACGGGAGAUGAAGCUACAUUCUUCAACAGAUUUGACAGCAUACAGGCAACUGAACAGACAGAUCUCCAAAUGCAUGCGGCGGGACUUACGCAACUUCAAUACAGCUCGUAUUGAAGAAGCGAUCGAGCGGAACCAAGGCUCCAAAGUCUUUGCCAGAGAUCUGUCUGCCAGAAAGAGCCAACUGUCAAAGCUGAAGACCGAAUGUGGCAGCAUCGUUUCCGGGGCACCUGAGAUUUUGAGUGAGAUUGAGAGGUUCUAUGGGCAGCUGUACACGUCAUCGUUGGAGCCACACGCAAGUGUGAGUAACGAUCCAAGAGCGAGUCUUAUCCGACAUUAUUCCGAUGAUAUCCCGGACGUCAGUCUGAGCGAGAUUAGAAUGGCUCUCCAGCACCUUAAAAACGGCAAGGCCCCAGGCCAGGAUGGAAUUACAGCGGAGCUUCUGAAAGCGGGUGGAAAACCGGUACUUGAAGUCCUUCAGAAGCUCUUUAAUUCCGUCCUCCAUGGUGGCAUUACACCGGAGGCGUGGAGCAGAAGUGCGGUGGUCUUGUUCUUCAAGAAAGGCGACAACGCUCUCUUGAAGAACUACAGACCGAUUUCCCUUCUGAGCCGCGUCUACGUGCUGUUUUCGAGAGUCAUUACGAAUCGUCUCGCGCGCAGACUUGACGACUUCCAGCCUCCCGAACAAGCCGGUUUCCGAAAAGGCUUUAGCACCUUAGACCACAUACAUACCCCUCGGCAAAUUGUACAGAAGUCCGAGGAGUACAAUUUGCCACUAUGUCUGGCGUAUGUGGACUAUGAGAAAGCCUUUGAUUCCGUCGAAAUUUGGGCGGUGCUGCAGUCCCUUCAGCGAUGCCAAGUUGACUGUCGGUAUAUCGAAGUGUUGAAGUGCUUGUACAGUAGGGCUACGAUGGCUAUCCGAGUACAGAACCAGAGUACGAAACCUAUCCAAUUGCAGAGAGGUGUAAGACAGGGUGACGUCAUAUCCCCGAAACUCUUCACCGCUGCAUUGGAAGAUGUUUUCAAGCUUCUGGACUGGAAAGGAUACGGUAUCAACAUCAAUGGCGAGUACAUCACUCACCUUCGAUUUGCCGACGAUAUAGUCCUUAUGGCAGAAUCGCUGGAGGACCUAAGCACUAUGCUCAAUGACCUCAAUAGUGUUUCCCAACGGAUAGGUCUUAAGAUGAACAUGGACAAAACAAAGAUCAUGUUUAAUGUCCAUGUCACACCUAUGCCGGUAGUUGUUGGGAACACUAAGCUCGAAGUUGUUGACGAGUAUGUUUACCUGGGACAAAUAGUCCGACUAGGUAAGUCCAACUUCGACCGAGAGGUCAAUCGACGGAUUCAACUCGGUUGGGCAGCGUUCGGGAAAUUACGGCACAUCUUCUCGUCAGGUAUACCUCAAAACUUGAAAACGAGACUGUACACCCAGUGCGUGUUGCCAGUGAUGACAUACGGAACUGAGACGUGGUCCUUCACUGCUGGCCGGAUGAGGAAGCUCAAGGUCGCUCAGCGAGCUAUGGAGAGGGCUAUGCUCGGAGUUUCUCUGCGUGAUAAACUCAGAAAUGAGGAUAUCCGCAGUAGAACCAGAGUGACCGACAUAGCCCAACGGAUUAGUAAGCUGAAGUGGCAAUGGGCCGGCCAUAUAGCUCGAAGAACCGACAACCGAUGGGGAAGAAAGGUUCUCGAGUGGCAGCCUCGUACCGGCAGGCGAAGUGUAGGGCGUCCCCCCACUAGAUGGAGUGACGACCUGGUAAGAUUUGCAGGAAGUCGAUGGAUGCAGGUGGCUCGGGACCGUGCUUUGUGGCAUUCUUUGGGGGAGGCCUAUGUUCAGCAGUGGACUUGUGAAGGGCUGUAAUGAUGAUGAUGAUGAAGAUAAUAUUAUGUUCGUCAUUGCAAAGUUAUGUCGCAAAUUUGACAUCUGUCAAAAGGAUCAAGCUAUGGUGUACAGAGUAUAGUAAGGUACGUUGGGGUAAGAUCGGUGAUGGGGCAAGACCGUAGGAUUCAAAUUCCCGGCGAAUUAUGCUAUAUUUUGAAAAGCUAACAAUAUGCUACACGACGCCAUUUCAUCCUGCCCCGACCCUCAGUUCACGCCAGUCACUCCGGCAAGUGGGACCUGUGCUGCGUGGCAUUUUAUAAAACAAUGUAAUUUUUGUAUUAUUUUUGUCCAUCCGAUCUUUCCCUAUCACUUUUAUUUACGAUUUUUAGCGAGAAUAUGGCUUCUUUUGUUAUUAUUUUGUGUGGAUACUAAUUUUUAUGAAGUUAUAGCUAAAUAAAGCUGGUCCAUGCAGGGCUAAGAUCGCUGUAGGCCGAGAUCCGAUGUUUCCCCUCGUGAGUGAAGAUCGGAUGAAUAUUAUCCGAUCUUUGCCUGUUACAAAUAUGGCAGUGGUUGUUAAACUUUCAUUGGUCGUGUAUAUUUUUCGUUGAUUACUCAAGUGACUAUGGGAUUCAGUGUUGUUAGCAAGUCUGUAUAUUUAAAAGUAAUAAAACAAUACGAUGGUAUUAUUACUUUUAAGUACACAUUAAAAUACAUUUUUUUUUAUAGGAUAAGGGUGACAAAGGAGCACACAGUCCACCUGAUGUUAAGUGAUUGCUGCGGCCCAUAGACAUCUAUACCUAUCCUCUAUUACAAAUCAAAAUGUAAUUUAUAAUAAUUAUUUAAAAAAUAAUUUAUAAUAAUAAAUGUCGCUUUGUUAAAAUAUUUAUAUCUUCCUUAACUCCUGCAUUAUCCAAGGGCAUUUCGCCAGUCCUUACUGUUAUUUUUUUUUCCCAUAUAAAAUCAAAUGCAUCCGAUCUUUCUCUUAUAUUGAGUAAUUCCAUCUUAUGUCAUAACAAAGUUUGAGAAACAUAAAACUACAAUUUCUUUGUAUCAGGGAUAAGAUCGGAUGGC